GAGAAAAUUAAAAAUGGAACAAAGCCAGUACUCUUCGCCGUAUGUUUUGUCUUACAAGUACAGGCUGCAAAGACGGCACAAGCCGACGACUGUUGGUCUUGUAAAAGACAGCGUCAAGACCGUCAGCAAGGAGUAUUGUGCUGAGUCAUCCAUAUGUGGUCUAAAACAUCUCGUGGACGAGAACACGUCUUGUUGUGAGCGAGCACUUUGGGUGAUCACCAUGAUCAGCGCCCUCGUCUGCUCGGUGUCUCUCGUAUGGAUGACCUUCGUCCGCUUCUACCGCGCGCCGCUCGUCACCACACAGAUGCCAGAAGGCGUCUCCGUCAACAGCAUCAUUUUCCCUGCUGUGGGCAUCUGCACGAAUAAUAGGAUCAGCAAACGCGCGGUUGUGCAGCUUGCUAGGAGCUUAUUGAAAGAGAAACGCAACAAACAAUACAAGGAGGAAGAGAUGCUGACGAUGUUGUCCGGUCUGGGUCUGCUGUACAACCUGCAGACCAUGAAUGACCUGGUGGUUCAGCCGAUGAAGCUGCACAAGGCUCUGGGAGAGUAUAACGUUAAUGAGCUGCUGAGGGAUUUAACCCCCCGCUGCGAGGAUCUACUGGUGCGAUGCGCGUGGAACGAAGUCCCCAUGAACUGCAGCAAACUGUUCGACUUCCGACUCACCAUGAACGGCUACUGCUGCACAUUCAACUACCUGAGGAAGUCUGAUGUUAUGUUUGAGGACAAGCAAGAUAAUGCCAGGACACUCGAUAUGUAUAAAUAUGGAAAUAAGUCAAAUUUUGACUUCGACCAAGGACUCAAAGUUCUGAUGCGGCUGAACGAAAGUGAUGAUUUUUACUACAACAUGCCGAUGCAGGGAGCACAGUUGCAGUUUUCCGAUGCUUAUGACUUUCCAGACGCUCCAAGCGGUAGCUUUUCCAUGCAGAUCAUAAGCCCAAAUGUUCAGAUGACAGUAACAGUAACAGCCAGUUUCACGGAAGCCUCCCGGGACAUCCAGCAUGUGCCAGUCAAGCUCCGCGGCUGCCUGUUCUACGACGAGUCCACCUACCUCCCCUUCUACACGCACAGCGACUGCCUGCUCAAGUGCCGGAUGCUGUUCCUCCUCUCCAAGUGCCAGUGCACCCCCUUCAAUAUGCCGAAGAUGGCCAACACGAGGACGUGCGAUAUGAGAGAUAUCACUUGCUUGAGGAUGUUCAAUGCCCAAUCAACGACCGUCCGUCCAGAGGUAGACCACAUCCCACCAGAACUGGAGUUAGAGAUGGUGGGUGGGGGUAUACCCUGUCCUAUGUGCUACCCCUCCUGCUCCAAGACAGCAUACAGUUACGACUUCACCAACGUCAAGAUAUAUCCCGACCACCUCAACGAGGUGCCCGAUAUAGACAGGAUUGACUGGCUACAAGGAGCCAACUUCACUGGAACAUCUUUAGUCCACGUGAAGUACGCGAGGGAGGUGGCAGACUGCUAUGGUCAGAACGUUAUCAUGAAAUGGUUUGAUUUGAUAAGUAACAUAGGCUCGACCUGCGGCUUCGUAACUGGCUUCAGUUUCGUCUCCGUCCUGGAGUUCAUUUACUUCUACACUGUGAAGUUGGUACGGGAGAUCAGGAACAGAAGAAAGCAGGCGAGAAGAAUAGAGACUGACUCCUCUUACUCCGCCAACCUGGACUUCAUCAGCCGCUGCCGACCGAUCUACUGGAACGAAAUCUCAGGGUCAACGCACGUAUUCUGGGCUAUAUUCGUCAUACUCUCCUGGUAUGGCGCGAUCCUGCUGAUAUUGGCUCAAUACGACGCGUACCACAACAACCCUAUCUCCUUCGUCGUGGAAACCACGUACAAGGAUUGGGACACCAACUUCCCAGCCAUAGCGGUCUGUGAGCAGGACAAUGCUGGCAGAAUUGAAGAGGUAUCGGAUGGACUUUGGGGUGUUGAUCACGAUUUCAAUAUAGAGGAGGUGUUGAAGGAAUUAGCCUAUUUUAGAGGACUCUCGUACUAUGUCACUCAAUAUUGUACAUCCAAUGACUCUUUGGCAGAGUGCACUAAGAUCCAUACUAAUCUCACAUACUAUGCGAAUUUGCUCCGCCUCCCCUGUUCAGACUUCAUACACAACUGCACAUGGAUGGGCAAGCAGUUCGACUGCUGCAAAUACUUCAGACCAUUAGAGACGGAACUGGGAGUAUGCUUUGUUAUAAACUCAAUACAAGGAAGUGAAAAAGACAGUCCGAAGCUUGAAAUGAUAAACAACAAGAAGACUGGUCCGGGUGCGAUACAGUUCGACGUGAUGGUUGCCGCUAAAAUCUUCAUACUGAACGAGGAGGAAGUACCAACGUUCACAACUAUAGGGUCUGACGUGAUAGAAGUGGCUCCUGAACUUUCAUAUCGACGCUACAUCUCAAUAAAGAACAUAGAGAACGACGCUGGCGCGAGACUCAUUCCGCCCAAGAAGCGCAAGUGUAGGUACACAGACGAGAACAUUCUACAGGUAUACCCUUACUACUCCUACACCGCUUGCACGGUGCAAUGCCGGAAGGACGCACAGGUGCGCAUGUGCAACUGUGCCAGCUACUUCAUGCCGAAUGUUCCAGAAGAGGAGAAGUGCAACAUGAGCGGAAUGGAGUGUCUGUCGAAGAAUUACCCGAUGUUUUCGUCUCUAAAAGCCAGUUGGUCACCACGCGUGGGGCUCUACUGCGAUUGCCUCCCAUCCUGCACCGAAGCUGAGAUCUCCACAGUGAAGGAUUUUCAAGAGCCGCUAUACCUGAACUACUCGAGGGUUCACAUUGAACUGUCCACACUGCCAAGUGAGAGAUUCAGACGGAAUGUCGUUAGAGGAGUACUGGAUUUAGUUGUAUCUACCGGUGGCACAGGAGGCUUAUUCUUGGGCGCUAGUCUUUUGAGUUUCGUGGAAUUCUUCUACAUAUUGCUGCUGCGACCACUUUUCGACAUCUACAGCCAGAGGAAUGAUGAUCCGUGGCAUCGCAAGUAUGGAACUCGGCGGCUCGAAGAUAAUAAACUUUUGGCGGCAAUACAACAACAGAAGAUGAAAUGAAAGAA